GUUUUCGACAUUAAAUUGUUUAUAAAUAAAAAUGGCCGCCAGAUCCUACGCAGGAAAUAGUUACAGUUUGUUCUCAUAGGUAUUACCUGUCGAAAAAACGCUUCAGUACCCUGGCUGCUCGAGUUGGUCACGAAACAGGGUAUAUUUUUGCCUUAUUACCCUGGCCUAUUACUCGUACUCGUACAUCGUACAUUUGAUUUGUCACUCGUUGCCACUCGUUCGUCUUCCAAAUUCCAACUGUUGUCGGUAAAGACACAAACUAGACAACAUAGAAAGAAGAAGUAAAUCUUCUUUGAAAACAGGUCAUUCUGUCUUCAGCAACUUCAGCUGUUAAAUGACAGUAUCCAUAUCCAUCCACUGGCAUCCACUGACAUUUAUUACUUAAAAUGUUGUUUGAGGUUAUGUGGAAUUCAAGAACAUUUUUCUUUUUACAUAUUAUUUUGAUUUUCUUACCCCUAAUAUAUCCUGAAACACAAAAUCAGGAAUCAGAAGCCGCAGAAGAACUUUAUAAAAAAUUAUUUAAACAACAGCGGGUAGAACAAUUAAAUGCAAUAAAGAGCUUCGAAAAAACAUCGAAUUAUGAAAAGCAAUAUGCUAUGAUUACUUUAAUGGCUGAAAAGAUAUUUGAUACUAUUGCAGAAAGUAGAGUCUUUGUAGAAUCCUCAUUUGUGCCAGGAAUUUCUGAGUUUCCUUUGGACAGUGAAAGAAAAGCAGCUAUAUCUAGCAUAUUAGAGAAUACUGUACUGUUUUCCGAGAUUGCAUUAAGAUUUCCGGAAAUUUCUACUUCUUUAUUAAAAAGAAAUAAAAACUGGGAUCUUGUUCUUCAAUGGGGUAUUGCAUUUACUUACCAUAUGAGACACCUUUUAGACGACAAUACCAUACAGCUGUUGAGGUUAGUGAGUCAAGAAUUAAAUCAUGUUGAGAGACACCCAGAUUAUGUAAAUCCCUAUAGAAAGUCUCCAGAAGUACAAAAGGAUAUUGUGCAACCAAAGCCCAAGAAGAAAAAGAAAAUUAUCAAGAAAGGACCAAAGCUAUCUAGUCGUUUUGAGUUGUAAAAACUUUUUCAUAAUCAAUAAAAAUAUUUAUAAAGGA